CAAUUCAGAACGUCGAGAUGGAGCCCAACUCACUCCAGUGGGUCGGCUCACCGUGUGGCUUGCACGGACCUUACAUUUUCUACAAGGCUUUUCAAUUCCACCUUGAAGGCAAACCAAGAAUUUUGUCCCUUGGCGACUUUUUCUUUGUAAGAUGUACGCCAAAGGAUCCGAUUUGCAUAGCGGAGCUCCAGCUGUUGUGGGAAGAAAGGACCAGCCGGCAACUUUUAUCCAGCUCUAAACUUUAUUUUCUCCCCGAAGACACUCCCCAGGGCAGAAAUAGCGACCAUGGCGAGGAUGAAGUCAUUGCUGUUUCUGAAAAGGUGAUUGUGAAACUUGAAGACCUGGUUAAGUGGGUACAUUCUGAUUUCUCCAAGUGGAGAUGUGGCCUUCGAGCUGGGCCAGUGAAAACUGAAGCUUUGGGAAGAAACGGACAGAAGGAAGCUCUGCUGAAGUACAGGCAGUCAACUCUCAACAGUGGACUCAACUUCAAAGAUGUUCUCAAGGAAAAGGCUGACCUUGGUAAAUAUAAUUUGUGCUUCUAUAUCCAAUGUGUGGGCGUAUGUAGUAACCCACUUCUGUUGCAGAUUUUUCUGGAAACCCUGUCAUUCAUAUAUUUAUAUGAAAUUAUGUAAGGAUUAUAUAUUAUAUAAGGUAUAAUUAUUUAUAAGAAAUUAUAUAUUUGUAUUAUAUAUUUAUAUAUAAUUGUCCUCCUCUCAAAGGUGCCUAAGAAUAUGGAUGAAGAGAUGCCUGGGUGGGAAAAAAAUAGAUAUUACCUGUUGGAUUCACAGGGCCUUCAGUGUGAUCCAACCCAGCAGAAUCCUGUGCUGGGUGAUCUGACAUAGGCCUUAAACAACUUUCAGUGUGUUGUCAAGAUAUAAGACUUAAUUAGGGCAACUAAAGUUGAAUUAACAAAGAGUUUAAAUAUUUGCUCUAAGUAGACAGCACGACAUCUGUUAACACCAAGCCAGAAUUUCACGUUUUACAUUGGGUAGAAAGCAAGGCAAGGAAGAGGGAUGAGUCACUUAAUGUGAAGCAAGAGAAGCUGGCAGCAGGGGAACUACAGGUUGGCAGCUAUGGCAUAGAUUUCUAGGGCUUUUAGCAUUCAGUGGUCAUCAUUGACUAUAUGGUUUUUUCCUUUCCUUCCUCCCCUCUCCCACUGUAAAUUGAAAGAACUUGGGUUGUAGUAUUACCCAUUCUUGGGCUUUGGCUAUUCUGAUUAGUGUUUGAAUACUAACUCUGACACUUAACUGUGAGGCAUUAGGCAGAUCAUUUAACCUUUAAACCUCAGUUUCCACUUGUGAAAAAUAGGGUCAUGAUAAAAUAGCAUCUAGCCUCAUGAUAGUAGCCAGGAGGGGCUCCGAAACUAAUUCUGUUGCUUUAACAUUUCUCCAGUGAUUUUUGUGUCCUUUCCUUGUUCUUCUCCUUUUGUUUCUAUCCCCCUGUGGCCUUGCCUGACUUACUCUUCUAGCAUUGCUCAAGACCAAAGUUGUUGACCUCUGAUUUAGACAAGUUAUUUCCUCUUUAGGCAAAGAGGAACUUCACUUUUAACUUAUUAAGGCAUCUUUUUCUUUCAUUCUAACACAAUGCUGAUUUUCAUAGCCCUAUUUUAUGCCUUAAUGUGACAACUUCCUGUUUUUUUAAACCUAGAACAUAACUAUUACAAGAAACCUAGACGAUUUAUUUUAAUUGGCAUAAAGAGACUGAAUAACACCAGUGACUGACUGUGUCUUUCAUGUGAUUCUGGUUUGUGAUGAGCUGUACUGUGUUUUGGGAAUAGCAUUAAUAUUUUCUUGCAAUUUAACAGUCAACAGUUUCCUGGCUUCUUUUGGUAGAUGUCAGACAGUAAUAUUUUGGACAUGCCAGCCUGAUUGUCAUAUGCACAAUUAGAGAAAAUUAUUAAACUAGUGGUUUUCCUUCUAAAGCCAAGGAAUUUUUUAAUAGUCUCCUUAUAUAUACUGCUGCACACCCCAAUUUUGUGAACACACAAUGACUACAUUUAUGACGUGUGAAAAUACUGAAUAAUACAUUGCAUUGGUUGUAUGGCUUUCCUAAUGUAUGUGCUCAGUUGUGUUACCGUUGUCUUAUGUUUUCCUUAACAAUUAAACCCUUUCUUUGUUUGAUUUUUUUUUGAGUUAUGGAAUAUACUGUUACUAAUAAAAAAUUAAACAGGAAAUCCACAGGGGACAAAAGGAUGUGUGGAUGGUUAAGCUUGAUGUCACACAUAUAAACAAGAGUAUUUAUAGCUGUGUUGUUUUGUAUUUCAAAUGGGUAGUUUAUUAAUGAGGACAAAAAGAAAUCCAAUUUCUUAAUUUCAUCAAAAGACUAAGAGAUUUUGAUCUUCUUGGAUGCUAAAAGAUAUCUAUAACUUACCUUUUUGCAAUUGAUUCCAGAAAACAAAUGCGCUUAUAAUGAAUAUUUGAAGUAUGCAGAAGUGGCUUGCCUAGAAAAAUCUUGAUUAGUGAUUUUUAAGUCUAGUUUCUCAUUAGAUUUACUAGGGGAAUUUACAAAACAAUACUGAUUACCAAAAGUCCAGCUUCCCCAGAGUCUUCUCUGUGGGACCAAGGCAAGGGCAAAGAAUAUCUACUGAUAAAAACUUCUUGGGUGAUUGGGACUUUUUUCUAUUUUUGGUUUUAUUUGGAAGACAUCUUUACCAUUAGUGCUGAGGAAGGAAAAAUAAUCAACAGGAGACUUGACUAGGAGGCUCUUCUUGGGCAAGAAACACACUAUGUACCUUUUUCUCUUUUUUUAAAUGUAAAAUACCCCUUUAAGGAUAGAAUUGAGAGCCUCGAAAUUCUACUCAGUUGGUAUGAAGUGUGGGGAAUUUGAGACAAAUAGCUUUUGUAAUUGGAAUGCUCACCAUGUUGUAAUAAUGUGGAAAGAGAAACAAAAACUUUCCUUAAUGUAAUGAGUUUCUAUUAUCUGUUUGAUCUAAGGUUGGAAAAUCCACAUUGUCAGGAUUUACAUUGGGAGACAGGGGUGUCAUUUGCUGUGCAUGGAUCCUGUCCCAGCAACUUUCUGUUCAGCCUCUUCCUUUCUCUGUGUAUAACAUCAAGAUAUUUGUUGUCUGUACUUUUCUUUCUACACAGUGGUUUUCUUAUCUCUCUUUCUCUUGGUCACACUGAAACCACCUCCAAUACCACAUUGUUAAUGGAAGUUCACACACUUAUUAGGUUUUUCCUUCUGUAGAACCCUUCCAACUCUUCAUUGUUCUUACCAAAGAAAGAUGAACUGUGAGAUUACUUAAGACCCUCCUCUUCCCCCCUCUCCCCCCGCCAUGGAAGUAAGCAAAGAAUGGAAAGAUCUCACCUUUCUAUAAAGUAAAACUUCAACAUGCUAUUUUUUUAAACUGACUUAUUUCACUCUGCUUGAAAAAACUCACUAAUAAUGCAAGAAUUAGAUUGACUCUUAGAGAUUGGAUUUUAAAAUAUAAAAGCCAAAAGCUAAUUAAAGAACUCUUCUGGCUGUGUUUGGGCAGAAUAAAUUCCCUUUAAUCCCAGUUUGUGUCACCUCCUGUCUCUAAAUAAUAUAAAUAAAUAAAUAAAUAAUUUUUCAAAAAGAAACCAAGAAUGUUCUCACAAAAGUGUGUCUGCCAAUAAAUUUGUACUCCACAAAGAAGAACUCUGCCCCAAAUGGCAACUUCCAAUAACUACUCUGAUUCAAAUCACAACUCUUUCCUCUCUGUGCAGUAGCACAUUUGGAUAAUAUUUGAGGAUAUCCUGUUUGUUUUUUAACAAUAUCUAGAGUUUUCAUUUAAUACUCUAAAUGACUGCUGACUAAAACUGCAGGUUGGAAUAGUGGAAAACUAAUAAUCUUAAAAACGCUUCUGAGAUGUGACGAAGUACGUUCAUUGUCUCCCUCCCUCUCUGCUCUUAUUAAGAAAGUUCCAUAUGAAACCAUGCAAAUUGUGACUUCUUUGGGUGAGAUGUUUUACCUUCCUUCAGACUGUUUCAUAAUGAAGUUUAUUUUAAAGAUGAAGAAAAAUAACCGUGUUAAAAUAGAAGGGUUAAGGACUGUAUUAUUCAUAAGCAUAAUGAACACAAGAACCUGUUUUUCCAGAAGAAUCGGGUUGAUUAAAUCAUUCACUACACAAGCCUCUAGUUAUUUAUUUUUGUCUUUAGAAUCACAGUACUUAGCUUUUGUAAUAAAGUGAACUUGAUACCCAUAUUUGAUAUGGCAGUUGGAAGUAGUCAAAUGAAGAAUUAUUUCAUUUUACAAAAUUUUUAGCAACUAAGGAAUAUAAUCAUUAUCAGUUAAACAUGGCAAACUUGCAUUUUUUUAUUCCUUGGGCUAUACUUUGAAAAAAAUCAAAUUAUUUUCUAUAACACUGCUUCUUACAGAGUUCCUUUAAGUGAAGUAUGAAAGCUGCAGUGUAAGCUUUAUUGGCCUAUAAAUAUGUCAUUAUGUUCGGACCACAUUUAUAUGCUUUGGAUUGUUGUUUAAGCCAAGAAAAUGUGUCUCUACAGGUUGGCUUUUUAUUGAAACCCUUUGAGGCAUACAACAAAAUGCAUUUUAGGCCAAGGUUAUUAAAACAGCAUUUUCAUUUUUUUGCAGCAUACUCAUUGUCAAUUAUGCUGCCACAAACUGUCUGUGGAUGGGCAGUUAUGAAUGGUUUCAUCUUCAAUGUGUCUUUAGAAAAAGAAAUAAAAAGAGAGGAGUCUACACUGAAAUCAAGAAGAGAGACUCAAGAGUUCCAGGGGAGGGAGGGAUCUGCUUGAAUUUAAUAAUAAACUUUCCCUAGCCCAAUUCCUGUUUCUAAAUCCUAUCAAACAGAAAAAGUGCUUUCCUCUCUCCCUUCUGUUGCUGGGACUUUCCCUGUGCUUUUGGGAAUAGACAACACAGUGGUGUUGAAAGAGCAGUGGAGGGAUGUCAAGAGAAUCUUUGGCCCUACCCAUAGAUCUGUCGCUCCCUGGAUAAAGUCACUGUAUAUUUACACUUUCAGGUUCUUUAGUGCAUGAAGUGGGCAAUAAUAUGUACCUUGCCUUAUGUCACUGGAUUUUGAGGACAUUAACUGAGAGUGAGUAGUUAAUAUUUGUGGGAGCAUUUUUGAUAUUGAAGUCUAAGGUGGUAUUUUCAUUAUAUUAUUAUUAUUAAAAGUAUCGCAAUAGAAGACAAUUAUUA